AUGGCAUCCUCGAAGCGCAAGUUUGAUGACGGCGACUCCAACUGGGAGGUUACACAAGUAGUGAAACCGCCCAAAGUCACUGCAGAAACAGCGGCAGCCGAAUUGCAAGAAGAUCGCGGUAACUAUGGAAGUAGGGCUUCUCAGCGCCCCAGGCGAGAAAGGAAACGCCCAGAAAGGUUCGCCGAUCAAUUGUAUCAACCUGUCUCAAAGAAAAAAGAGACGCCAAAACGAGUCACGAAACCGCUGAUAAAACCUUCUUCGAAACGGUCAUUGGCUACGAAGAAUUCUACAAGCCGGCGAUCGUGGAUUGAGCCUCAUGCGAUUCCGCUUACAGGCUCGACACUCGCUAUACCUACAAAUCAACCGAGGCAACAAUACAGCGACGAGUCCGAGAGUGAGCUGUCGUCCCCACCAGCAUCGUUGCCCUCGAGUCCUGUCUUUUCCUACAAGAAUAUACAGAACUCGCCUCCGCUGGACAGACGAGGCCAAUGUGCUCAGCGUACACCAGAACCUGUACCUGCAUCUAGUCAAGAUGUUGCAACCCCAUCUACUGCACCAGAAAAUCCUCUCACUAGCCAAGCGACUGUAUCACAACAUCGUGAGCCGAAGACACCCGAAGAAAGUAUCCGUGGUACCCCAGCGUUUGUCCAUCAUACGCAAACUCAAUCUUCGCCGGGUUCGCCCGAGAUCCACGAUCGCUUCACCUACCUGACACCCGACUCGGCAUUCUACCGCGACGCGAAUACUGUAUACAGCAAGUUGGACGUUGGGCUUGAAGAUGGCCAAGUGCACAACCAGAUUGAGACGUCAUGUCGUGGUAAGACCGAGCCACUUCCGAGUUUGUAUGCGGCAUCGGAAGCAACAACGGAGUGCGAAGAACUGAGUGGCCCUCUCGUUGGAGAACAAGUCUAUACAUCCGACACCGACUACCUCCGUGAUAUAACCGAGCGGCUCCUUGUCCAACAGAACAAAGGUCCAAACAAGCCAGAGCCAUACGGACAACCGGAAGUAUGGGCAGAUGGACGACAAGAGCUUUGCGAGACACUACAUUACUAUCGCGCAUAUCAAAGUGCCUGCUACUCUACCGGUGGUUUUGCGAGAGGCUUUAUGUUCGAUAAGGUUGCGCAUAAUCGAGACUACAUGGACAGUAAUGUCGUCCUCUCCAGAGCAGGUGGUGGUCUCAUGAAAGACAUAGACUCUGGUGAGAUGAAGUCGAAAAGGGAUCAAUCAGAAGAUUCUGCUGCUUUGGGAUUGAGGAAUUGCAUGAUCCACCGCAACCCAGUCGUUAUUAUUACUGGAGUUGACAACCCAAAUAUCCCAUCGAAGCCACCGCACCAGUACUGUGUUCUGGAUUACUUCAAACCCACCCACGUCUGGGCUGAAAAGAGUGGUGACAGCAAGAUUGUGCGGUACCGAUUCGAGAAGUUGAACACGAAGAAAGAGUCUUGGUGGCGGGCGAAGGAUGCGCAGGAAGUGAUAGAGCUCGGCUCACUGCCAUCUCCAGUCGAGAAGGUAUGUGGAAGCUGCAAUCUUCAGUCUCCACAGGUGUAUCUAAAUGGGUGGAUGUGUCUACAGUCGGCAUGCACCGCUUUUUGGAAAAUUUACACUAACACAGCCGAACCUGGAAGAAGUAUGCCAGCACAGGAGCCCAAAGAAGCGUCCUUGGUAUACGAUCCGCGCUUCCUCAAGCAGAAGACACCUUGGCACAAUGACGAUCAUGACUACCCUCUAGCAUCCAAUGCCGCUGAACUGUCUAGGCACGCUGUUCCAGGUGAGAAUACAUCAGUCGCAUUUUGGUCUGGCAUGGUCUGCCCGGACUGUGGACGCUGUACGUCCCGUUUGAACUGGACAAACUGGGAGUGCUCCAAUACCGCAUGUCGAUAUACAAGAACACCUCCACAUACGCUCAUCCCUGCACUCUCCCUUCGUGACCCACUCUGGCCAAUCACUAGUAGCUACACGUUAUCCAGAGAUACGAUGUCACCUAGGCUUGAGUUGAAAGUGUCCUUUGAGCAUGGGUAUCGCAUCAACCGUUACGAGAUACCUGGAGUAAACGGUUUCAUAGCGCACAUGGUUGCUAACAAGACUGUUCUUGAAGAAGACGGCGGACCAGACGCGAUGUUUGAGGAACUCCAACAAACAGAUAUUGGGCUACAGCGCCGAUCUAUGCCUAAUGGCCAGCUGAAGGGACCCAACUACUGCCGUCACUUCGCUGUCAACUACGGUAUGCCGUACAAGUUCAUCGCAGCUACAGCAUCUCGCCCCUUUGAUGGAGCAGCUCGCCCAAUAACAAGCACCCGUAGUCGACUGAACUGGGCCGCUAAACUGCUUCUAGCAGAGGAGAAUGGCAAGAGCAUGGACGAAGUUUGCCAAGAGUGGCAAGAGAAGGAGUUCAAUGAGGUCCUGGCGUUAGGGUACUUCGAAGAGCAGAAGAUCAAUUACCAUGAUGACGGCGAGUUCGGUCUCGGCCCGACUAUUGCGACAUUAAGUUUGGGGGCACCAGGGACAAUGCGGAUCCGAAUGAAAGCACGUCACUAUCAUGGCGUGUCUUCUGUCGCAAGUCUGUACGACGACGCUGCUCCAAUCCCAGGGUGCCAACAAUACGAGGCUCGUCUCGCGCUACAACCUGCUCUUGACGUCCUCAAAAGAUCAGACACCAAGGCAUGGAAUACGAGGAGGAAGCAGAUUCCCAAGCAAUUGGGGCUCACUCACAGAGGCACUGCGAGAGAUGUGCUGACCAUGCAGCUCGGACAUGGCGAUAUCGUCGUCAUGCACGGUGCGGAUGUACAGAAAUACUAUGAGCAUGCUGUUGAACAUGCGGGUAAGCUGCGGUUUGCGCUUACAUGCCGGUACAUUGAUCCCGAGUCGCUGAAGCCCGAGGACCAACCGAAGUACGCGGUUGGAUCCGAUGCAGAAGGAUACGAUGGGUCAGGAUUGAUGUGA